AUGGCAAGAACUUCGUCGGCGGUAUGUCUAUUGUUACUAGUAGCAUUAAGUGCGGUCUAUGAAGUGCAAGGGACAUUUUUAUUUAGGCACUACAUGAGGAAAUUUCCCCGAAGAUCCAGAGACUUUGGGCCAUUCGCUUGCAAUGGUAUGCUGAAGUUCGUGGACGUUUUGGAGCUUAAGUGUCCAUUGAAGCCAGAGUAUAAAAACUUCUUUGGAAAGCUUAGGUCGUACAUGGGCUUCAUAAACUCAGCGUCUGGGUCGGCAACCUUUGAUACUGAUUUGAAAGGAAAAGCUGAGGGCCUCCACACUGCUAUGUCUGCACUAGGUGGUAAAGGAGGAUCAUCGGCGGAUACCAGCAAUGUUAUAAAUGUGUUACUGUCAAUGGGAAAGACUCUGAGCGCGCAAAAGAGGAGCGGUUCGACAGAGAUGUCGUUUUCACAAAGGAAAGAGUUGAUCAUGUCUAUGGCGAAAUGGGCACGAGUGAUCAGUCAGUUCGUGGCGAGUGCCGCAUCAAAGAGUGGAACCUCCAUUGAUGUAUCAUCCCUAGGAAUCGAUGGCGUCGAUGCGAGUGUUGCCAUCGAAGCUGGAGGCUCUCCCACAAGUGGUGGAAGCCCUAGCACCGCCGGAACUGGAGGUUAUGGCACCGGAGCUUCAGGACCCACUACUUCAUCUAGCACACAAUCUACCAACAGUGGAAGUGGAACUACUUAUGAAGGCUCUGUCAACUAUCAAUCAGGCGAGAAAUCCUCCCAACAAACCGUCACUGGCAGCUACUAG